AUGCUGAAAGCGUUUGGCACUUGAGUCACUUGAGUCAGUAACAACAACAGAUAAACUUGCCAUCUUGUUUCUUAUUUUCAUCCACAUUUCAUCAGAGUUUAAUCUUCGAUUUGUUUACUACUUUGGAUGUGAUAAUAUUGUUAUUUUGUCUUUUCAAGUCAUCAUCUUUUCAUUUCACUGUUUUUUCCUUUCUGUGUUUCUCCAAUGCACUGAAGAUCGGCAAAAUUAACAAUACAAUUUUGCUUGUUUCUGUCAUCUUUUCUAUUCUUCUUCUCUUUUCUACAUUGGAUUAAUUAUUAUUAUUGCGAUCAAAAUUCAUCUUUAAUUUAACCAUGGGAUGUUGUAAAGCUUUUGUUAAACAUUUAGUUUGUAUGCUGGCCUUUGCUACAUGGUUUCUUGGUAGCGUUUUAAUUGCCUUCACUCUAUGGAUUCUGAGCACAUCUACGAAUGCCAAGAACUUUUUCGCCGGAACAACGCCCAUUAUUUAUGUUGCACUAGGACUUGGAGGAUUGCUCUUUACCAAUGGUCUUUUGGGUUGGAUGGGUUCAUAUAGACGUGGUGGAUGCAUGUUAAAAUUGUUCCUAUUUUUAUCCGUUUUAACGAUUGCAGCGGAAAUCGGAGGAAUAAUUUCUUUGUCCAUCUUAAGAGCUAAAGUAACUGAGAUUGUUGAAGAGGGUUGGAAUGAAAUGAACCAAAGAACCCGUAAUAUCAUUCAAUCUCAGCUUGAAUGUUGUGGAUUAAUGGGCCCAAGUGAAUUUGCGCAUAAUAAUGAGGAAACUGAUAAAUCAUGUUAUUCACUAGUUCCUAAAGAGUUAGGCUUACCAACUACACCAACAUCACCAUCCAGCUCUAUGAGUGAAGCUGUUUACCACGAGUCUGGUUGCAAGGAUAAACUCGUCGAUUGGAUUUAUAAACAUAAACUCAUUUGGAUCUCAACUUUUGGUGGAUUCCUGUUAUUCCAGGUUAUUACCGUGCUUUUGUCGGUUUCAGCAAUCAAUAAUAUGAAAAGUCGAAGCUCUUCCAUGGAAUCAUUGGAUGACCACCACCAUAUAACUUAUUAAUAACCAACAUUGUUGACAUAAUUUUUUUCAUCUGCUGACCAGAGGUUUUCAAAAUGCUAAUCUGAUAAUCAAAGUAUCAAUACUUUUAGAAGCGAGUGGACAACCAGUUGGACAAUCAUUCCUCACUCAAAGAAGAUAUUGAACCAAAUGUCGAUGAUAAUCUAAUUGAACAAAGCUUAAUAAAGCUAUCAAAUAAAUAACACGUUUUCAAUGUGCCAAUGAGCUAAGCAAAAUCACUCGAACCACUAAAUUGCGAUCAACAACUUGAACCAACUCAAAUUUAGAUAAAACUAUUCAAUUAAUCAUUUUAAAUAUUUUCUAAAAUAAUACCUUUCAUUUUCUGUGUUCAUCUUCACCUCUUUCACCCAUUUUAAUUUCAACAAUUACUCCUUUUACUCCUUAUUUCAACCAAUUCCUACAUAAUAUUUAAUGAAACAAAAAAAUCCUGGAAAUAAUAUUGACCUUUAAAUUGUGAACUUGUUAAUUUUUGAUUUACAUUGUGGGUCAUUAAAUUAACAAUUGACUCCUAACCUCAUCUAAACUGUUUUACUGUAUCAAGUAUUAAACAUAUUCAACUGUCAUUAAAAAUUCACCAAUGAUCUUUUCAUAAGUUAAA